CCGUCCUCCGACACACACCCUUCGUCACGGCUGACGUCAUCUUCCUCCUAGUGACUGACUGCUGUUAUCAAGAUGGCGCUGCGGCCAGGAUCUGGGGGAGGCGGCAGUUUUAUGUAUCCUGUUGGAGGGGGCUUGGGACCGCCACAAGGCAUGGUACCCAUGCAACAGCAACAGCAGCAACAGCAGCAACAGCAGCAGCAGCAGCAGCAGCAGCAGCAGGGCUUCCCUAUGGUUCCAGUCAUGCAGCCCAACAUGCAGGGCAUGAUGGGAAUGCACUUUGGGGGACAGAUGCCCCAAGGAGCAAUGCCCAUGCAGGGUGGGAUGGCUAUCGGGAUGCAGACCCCUGGGAUGCAGUUCAUGGGUCAGCCACAGUUUAUGGGUAUGAGACCUGCUGGACCCCAGUACACGGCGGACAUGCAGAAACAAAUGGCAGAGGAGCACCAGAAACGUCUGGAGCAGCAGCAGAAGAUGCUGGAGGAGGACAGGAAGAGACGACAGUUUGAGGAGCAGAAACAGAAGCUGAGGCUGCUCAGCAGUGUCAAACCCAAGACGGGGGAGAAGAGCCGCGAUGACGCACUGGAGGCGAUCAAAGGCAACCUGGAUGGCUUCAGCAGAGACGCCAAGAUGCACCCCACCCCAUCAUCACAGACCAAGAAGCCAGACUCAUCGCCACCACACCUGUCUGUCACCACUCACUCCCUCCCCCCAGCUUUCUCCGAGGACACUGAUGAGUUUAGUGACUUUCAGGGGCCUGUAGACGGCCCUGCCUCCUUCCCUCCGUCCUCCUCCACUUCCUCCACCUUUGGCUUUUCAUCUCAGGCCCUCGCCCAGCCUUCGUCCUCUGCCCCCCCGACAGGUUUCUGUCAGGACGAUGACGAGUUUAGUGACUUUGUUCAGGGUCCUCUCAAUGCUUUCCCUCCCUCCAACUUCCACAUGUCCUCUGAGGCCCAAGUCCAGCCUUCAGGUCUGUCCUCCACCUCUUCCUCCUCCCUCCCUCAGUCCCUCCCUGCCUCUGUGUCCAUUCCCACUGAUACCCAACACUCUGCUGUCAACACCAGCACCCAAUCUACAUGUCAAGGCCCGUCCCUGGAAGAGAAGCUAUUCUCCUCAUGUGAUCUUUCUGCUGAUAGGACGGCGCAGUUUAGCUUUAAAUCCAGGCAGAGUCUGGCUGAAAUGGGUCCUAGAACUAAAGUUACAACCCAGUUUCACUCCAGCAAUAAAGCGAGGAACUGGGCUGCAGCCCCCGAGGACUUGAGCUCUGUCUUCGUCUCAGAAAAGCUACCUGAGGCUCCGGUGUCAGCGCCAGGCGCCCCCCCAUCAGCUGCUGCCUCGUCUCCUCAAACCCGUAGUGACAGUGCAGGUGUUGCCGUGUAUCCACAACAAGAGCACAUCCAGCCCAUGCUGCCAGCAUGGGUUUACAACGACAGCCUCAUCCCAGAAAUGUUCCAGAAGGUUCUUGAAUUCACCAUGACUCCUGCAGGGAUAGACACAGCCAAGCUCUACCCCAUACUAAUGUCCUCAGGUCUUCCUAGGGAAGCACUGGGGCAAAUCUGGGCGUCAGCCAACCGCACAACGCCUGGCAUGCUGACCAAGGAGGAGCUCUACACUGUACUUGCACUAAUUGGCGUGGCACAGAGUGGCCUCCCAACGAUGAAUGUAGAAAUCCUCGGUCAGUUCCCUUCUCCACCUGUGCCCAACUUGCCGGCCCUGGCUAUGGCCCUGGCCCCUGUCAUGCACCAGCAGCAGAUGAUGACCAAGCCCCAGGUUUCCAUGGCGAUGGCCAUGCCCACACCAGCACCACCAGUCAUGACCAUGAAACCCACAGCCCCCGCUCCAGCCCCCUCAAACACUAACUUCAUUGCCAGUUUCCCUGCUGCACAGGGGACCAAAGCCGAUGACGACGACUUCCAGGACUUCCAGGAGGCUCCGAAGGCAGGAGCAGGAGAACCACCCUUCACUGAGUUUCAGGGGGAGUCCGGUGGAAGCUUCCCCCCCACCAUCGCACCUCAGCAUCAGAACAUUGCGCCCGCCUUGCUGACUCCAGUGUCUGGGUCCUCGUCCGCCUCCAUCACAGCCUCUGAUAAGUACGCGGUCUUCAAGCAGCUGUCUGUGGAUCAGCCUGCAGAGCCCACACCCCCCGUCUCAGAUGGAGGAGACAAAUACAGUGUGUUCAGACAGCUCGAGCCACCUGUUGACAAGAAACCAUUUGUUUCCGAUGGGGACAGCUCUUACAACUCCAGGGAAGGAUUUGCAGAUUUCAAGUCUGUCAGCGCUGAUGAUGGCUUCACAGACUUUAAAACCGCGGACAGCGUUUCUCCAUUAGAACCUUCAGACCAGGCCAAGAUCUUUCAACCUGCCUUCCCUUCUGCUUUCCCAACCUCUCAGUCUCUCCAGCAGCUCCCACAGCAGCAGCAGCCACCAGUGUCUCUUUCUCAGUCCAAAAAUCCUCUCAACAUGGCCGACCUGGACCUUUUCUCUUCUAUAGCUCCUUCUGUUACUGCCCCCUCUGAGACAAAACCCAGCACAUUCCCCUCAGUGUCCGUGCCCCCCUCUCUAGUGCUCCUACCAGGUGGAGCCAAACCUCCAGGGGGGGGUACGGAUGAUUUUGGGGAUUUCGCCCUUUUUGGCACGGCCUCUGAUGCCGCUCAAGCUUCAGCCGCAGGAGGAGCUGUGGCAGUGCCUCAGGACGACUUUGCAGACUUCAUGGCAUUUGGCAGUUCUGGUGGGGAGCCUAAAGGCGAGUGCGGCAGUGUGGGGGUCCCGGGGGGGGAGACCUCCACUCAGCAGAGGCCUCAGCAGGGCUCAGACAAGUAUGACGUGUUCAAACAGCUGUCUCUGGAGGGAGGCCUGACCUACGAGGACACUAAGGAGAGCGGCGGCGGCUCCUACUCCUCUCUCAAGAGUGACACUGAUGACUUUGCCGACUUUCAGUCAUCCAAGUUUUGCACUGCGCUCGGGGCCUCGGAAAAGACUCUGGUGGACAAGGUGGCCGCCUUCAAACAGGCCAAAGAGGACUCGGCUUCUGUCAAGUCCCUGGACCUCCCGUCCAUCGGGGGGAGCAGCGUAGGAAAGGAUGACUCGGAGGACGCGCUCUCAGUGCAGCUGGACAUGAAGCUCUCGGACAUGGGCGGAGACCUGAAACACGUGAUGUCGGACAGCUCUCUGGAUCUGCCGGGUCUCUCGGCCCACCAGCCCCCCGCUACAGAUGGAGACGACAUGAAAUUUGACCCCUUUGGGACCUCUGCUCUCAGCACGCUGGCCAGCUAUGACUGGUCAGACCGGGAGGAAUGUCUGCCUGAGGUCCGAAAGCCUCAGGGCUUUGAAGGAGCUCCCCUUCCAUCUUUAGUGCCAGCUCAGAGGAAGGAGCUGACCUUUGGCAGCACGGAAAACAUCGCAAGCCGCUCCGUAGCAAAGAUCACAACCUCCUUCGCCACCGAGGACAGCUCAUCCACAGACGACAGGUUUGAAGCCUUUGCUGAUUUUGGCUCCAGCGAACAGGGAGGUGUGGAUGACGAGGACGACUUUGGGGAUUUUGCCAGCACUGUUUCUGAAAAGUCCGACUCGCCCGCCGCCACCGCUGAGGCCGGCUCCGAGGGGAACCAGAGCGAGGCCUCUGAUGAGUUUGGAGCCUUCCAGGCGGACAAGCCUAAGUUUGGCAAGUCUGACUUCCUCAAAGCCAGCGCUCAGACCAAAGUCAAGUCCAGUGAGGAGAUGAUCAAGAACGAACUGGCGACCUUUGACCUGUGUGUUCAAGGCUCCCACAAACGCAGUCACAGUCUGGGCGAUAAGGAGAUUGGGCGUUCCCCCCCCUCUCCGGCUCCAGAGCAGCCUUUCAGAGACCGAUCCAACACCCUGAGCGAGAAGCCCGCCCUACCUGUCAUCAGGGACAAGUACAAGGACUUGACUGGGGAGGUGGAGGAGAGCGAGCGCUACGCAUACGAGUGGCAAAGGUGUCUGGAAAGUGCUCUGGAGGUCAUCACCAAAGCCAACAACAUCCUGAACAGCAUCAGCAGCUCCGCUGUGUGCACCGAGGUCAUCCAGUCUGCUCAGGGCAUGGAGUACCUGCUGGGUGUGGUGGAGGUGUAUCGUGUCACCAGGCGUGUGGAGCUGGGCGUCAAGGCGACGGCUGUGUGCUCCGAGAAGCUGCAGCAGCUGCUGAAGGACAUCAGCCGCGUGUGGAACAAUCUCAUGGGCUUCAUGUCGCUGGCCAAGCUCGCUCCUGAUGAAACCUCCCUCGACUUCUCCUCCUGUAUCUUGAGACACGGCAUUAAGAAUGCCAAGGAGUUGGCUUGUGGUGUGUGUCUGCUCAACGUCGACUCUCGCAGCAAGAGAAAAGAAGAAAGCACUAUUGGACGUCUGUUUAAACGAGCGUUCAACUCGGAGACGGACAACUUCAAGCUGCUGUACGGGGGCCACCAGUACCACGCCAGCUGUGCCAACUUCUGGAUCAACUGUGUGGAGCCCAAACCCCCCGGCCUCAUCCUGCCCGACCUGCUCUGAGCCCUGGGCUGCCAUGGCAACGGGCAAAGGCUAAUCAACACCAGAUAGGUGGACUGACAACGCGCCUCAAACUGCACCAAGUCUGUAUUUAUGUGUUUUUAUUCUGCAAUCUCUCUUUCGUCACAACUAAGCUGUCCCAGAUCUGGCCAUUUGUUAUAAUGUAAAGUUUUGUAUAAAUAUAUAUGUACCAUCUAUGCUGUUAUUGUUACUCUUGAACUCUUUCAGAGAAAUGUACUAAACAUAUGUCUUGUUUUCACUGCUGGAAAAAGGUCAUUAUUAAUUGAAUAUCUUGAGUCAUAUUUAUAUUAUUAGGUGUGCAAUUUGAUUAGUAACACUGGAGGAGGACUGCUGUAAACAUCGUGAGUUUUUAAUGUCACUUGUUGCUUUGGAGGAUAUUUAUUCAUGACUCUCUGUUUCCACUGAACCAGAGCUGUUGAAUUAUACACCUUUUAUUGAACUUGAAUUACAUUUGUUGGUCGGGUCUGUUUGAUGACACUCUGAAGCUGUUUUGGUUUUAAUAAGACAUUAUUAAGACCUUUCAAACUGAGGCAGGUGAAGACCUUUUUGUUAAUUGUGUUGAAUCGACUGCUUUGAAUGUUUUGUUGCACUCUUGAGGAGAAUUAGGAAACUCUUUGGCUAUUUAAAUUAUAGAUUUUAUGUGGGUAAAAGUUGGGAUUUGGGGACCUGAAAGAAACCAUGUUAUUGGUUUUGUUUAUUGUUGUUGUGUGCAACUAGAGCUGGAAGUUUGGAACAAGACCCAUUCUUAUCUAAACUACAGCACUACUAGCUACUUGUAUAUAACAGUGUCAUGCUUCAGCGUUGUAAUUAUGACCAUAGACUGUAUAUACUGCCUAUGAUUGCGACUAACUGUAAUGUGAAUUUGACGUAAAUAAAUAUGCAUACAGUUUAAUUAAACUGUCAGAGAUGAUUAUAUCAGUCAGAUUUAAAGUCUGCCUUCAAUUAAAACUCAUACCAAUCACUGUAAUUGAGCGUGUGUAAACAAAGAUUAUUAAUGACAUCCUUCCUUAGCAACCGUUGAAACGGCGUUCAUGGGUCUGUGAGCAAUACUCUGAUUAUUAAGAGCACGGGGAGGUCUCCAAAAACAAAACAAAGAAAAGCGUUUGCCUGAAUGUAAUAAUAGUUUCUAGAAUACUACAGCUUUUUAAUCCUGAUUUAAAUAAACAAGACAUUUAAUUAGCUAACAAUAGAGGCUCUUUUUGUGGGAAGUAUUUUCCUCCUAUUUCCACUCUGUAUGCUAAACUAAGCUAACCAGCUUUUGGCAGUAGGUUUACAUCGAACAUACUUUGAGAGAGGUAUUGAUGUCUUAUCUUACCAAAUAAAAUGUUCUAUAUUUUCCUUUACACUUGACAUCAGCUGUGUUUAUUUGCUUUAAAAUAAGUAUUGUGUUUUUUGACUCAUUUAUUGUGCAUUUCUGUUUUGAGCAUUACAGCUUUGAUAGGAGUCCUUUCACUUUGACAUUAUUCUACUGCUCUUUGAGAAACAUACUCUUCACAAUGCAUGAAUGUCCCCUCCAUCACCCCAUAAUGUACUUCCUCUCUGGCCUCAUCUCCAUCAAUUUGCAACAAAAUGGAAUAAAUUCCUCUUCGACGACACUGCAGGGGCUUCGCUGGCGGUUGAGCUCGGCCAAUCACAUGAGGUGUCUCGGGGCUCUGUGAAACUACUCUCAUUAUCCUUCUCACACUUGUGUUCAGGUGUGCUCUCCAACAUCCAAUUUAUCUCCGGCCGUUCCCUAAUCCAUUUCCUGCAGAAAAUGGAUUCCUCUACUCUCACGGUGAACGCCGGGAUUACAGAAAAUUACAAAUGCUGAAAUCAAUUACUGAAUAGAGCUGUUUAAUUGGAAAUGCAGACCGCCCGGGCCUGUCAUCUUUACAUCUAUUGUUAUCAUUAUCACUCUGGGGAGAAGCCAGAUUGAAGAGAUAGCCCACUGUGCGGUAUCGACUGCUGCUCUUUGGUAUUUCACGCCCAUAGUCGAUCACAAUAUUGAUUAAAAACAGCUGCUUCAACAUUG